GACAAGAUAGUGAUGUUCACCUGAAGGUACCUAUGUCGUGUACGUCGCCUGGCGCUGAUGGACGACGUGGGCGUGACGACUUGUUGCUACUGUCUGCCUCACCCACCUACCUAUUCUAGGUACGUACCUAUGUAGGGAGACUUCGAUGCAGCGGCGCCGCGUGGGCGUGAUGCGAUGCAGGUCGCAGGUCGCAGGCAUGUCUGAGGACUCAGGCACCUUGCCUUAUUUCUUGUCGACGGUUCUGGCUGAGACUGCUGACUCUGGCGACCGCUGUCAUGGAGCCCAGAGCGCGUCGCCUGUCAACUCGACGGAUUAA